UAAAUAAAAAAAUUAAGGUGCCAAAACCAAAAUAAUCUAAUGAAAGAUUUUGCGUCUGUGUUCGAAUUUUAAAAUGGCUUGAAUUAUGUAAUUUUAAUUUAUCGAUUAAAAAAAAUAGCCUGUUUUGUUCUUUAUAUUUCGUGACGUAAAAAACAGCGGGAAUUUGACAAUGAUUACAAUAUUACGUGUCCAUCAGUGUGUUUUGCGUGUGUCCGUGUUUUUGUGUUUAUUGCUAAACGUCAGUGGAUGCUGUUUGUGUGGAUGGGAUCUAGAGGACUUAUUCGAUGUAUCUCCAAUAAUCUCAUGUACGAAGUCGCUUUUAGAAGAUUUAUUUAAACCUCAUACUCUCGCAGACUUAUUAGAUUCAUAUGAAGAUGACACGGACGUUCCAAUCUCAUCCAACGACGUAGCCGACUGUGUCCGAAGGGGACGCGAACUUUCUCGAGCAGCGAGACGAAGAGGCAACGAGCUAGUCACCAAUGGCAUCAAUUUAGAACACUACCCACCAGGCAUCAUGCAUUUCUUCUCCGGAGAACUUCCUUCAGAUAUGAAGAAAGCAGCUGAGACUUCAAACGAGAUUCUCGCUGCCACCAAGCUGUUGCAGAUGAAAACUUCUCUAGACUCGAACUCAACUCCCAACACGUUCCUAUCGUUCCUGGAGCACCAGGGCAUACGUCUGCAGGACUCCUCGUGUCAGCCUAUAAGGAUCAGCUGCUGUGACAACAAGUAUCGGAGUAUAGAUGGCACUUGUAACAAUGAGGAGCAUCCUGAAUGGGGCAGAAGGGGAGCGCCUUUCACAAGGAUCGCUACGCCGCGGUAUGCUGAUGGUAUAUACGCAAUGCCAGUGGCCCGCAGUGGUCGUCAGCUGCCGAACCCUCGCGUCCUCUCCACUCGGCUAUUCUCAGACCAGCCGAUACUUAGCAGAGUGCUCAACAACAUGAACAUGCAGUGGGGACAGUUCAUCACUCAUGACCUCAUGUUCCAGGCCAUGGAAGCUACAGACAAAGGCGGUAUCCAGUGCUGUCUAAGUGAUGGCAAAGAUGUGCUCCCUCAAGAGUGGCAGAAUGAAAAGUGCAUACCCAUAUGCGUGCCAGACGACGAUCCCUUCUACCGCUACCACAGCGUCAAGUGCUUGAACUUCGUACGCAGUGUCACCACGCCAAAGGAUGACUGUAGUUUGGGGUACGCUGAACAGAUGAACACAGUAUCAAGUUACAUGGACGGCUCACCAAUUUACGGGUCUGAUAAGAAGUUGGCUUCCAAGCUUCGCACCUUUAUCGGUGGCAGACUGAAGCAGGAGUCGAGGAAAAAUUGCCUCAGGGGGUUCCUACCAACUGCCAGUGAUAAGACCGCGACCUGUGACUUGAGGAACUCAUCGGAACCUUGCUAUCUCGCUGGUGACAUAAGAAUCAACCAGACCCCAACACUAGCCAUGCUUCACACUCUGCUACUGAGGGAACACAACAGGGUCGCAGAUGUACUGAGCGACCUGAACCCGCUGUGGAGCGACGAGCGCCUGUACCAGGAGGCGAGGCGGAUCGUGGGCGCCGAGAUACAGCAUAUCACCUAUCAAGAGUGGCUGCCUACUAACUUUGGCGAGCAAUACCUCCGCAGCUACCGCAUAUCCCCGACCAGUCUGUACACGCACGACUACCGCGAUGACGUCAACCCUGGCGUCAUCAACAGUUUCGGAGCCGCCGCCUUCAGGUUCCUACACACUGUCAUCAGUGACAACAUCAUGAUGUGUCCCAGCAACUAUGGUGCUGCUUAUUUGUAUAGGUUAAGCGACUACUACUUCAACCCGUCUCUUCUAGAACUGACACCAGAUUCCUUCGACGAUGUAGUCCGGGGUACAGUAGCGCAGAACGCGGGAGAGUCCGACCCCUUCUGUUCCGGGGAGAUCACUAACUUGCUGUUCAAGUCCCGGAACAAAUGGGGCAUGGAUCUCAUAGCUAUGGAUAUUCAGAGAGGCCGGGAUCAUGGGAUCGCGUCGUAUAAUGACUAUAGGGAGAUAUGCGGCCUUCAUAGGGCAAGAACGUUCCAGGAUUUAGCCAAUGAGAUUUCCCAAGAUCGUAUAAACGCCUUACAAUACCUGUACGAGUGCGUGGACGACAUCGACCUAUUCGUGGGCGGCGCUCUCGAGCGCGACGUGCCUGGCUCCAUACUGGGACACACCUUCCAGUGCAUCGUGGCAGAACAGUUCUACAGGACGAGGAUAGGGGACCGGUACUUCUAUGAUAACGGGGAGAUGCCGCAUUCGUUUACACCUGAUCAACUAAGAGAAAUAAAGAAAUCGUCCAUGGCGCGUCUGAUCUGUGACAACACGGACGGUGUUCACUACAUACAACGCAAGGCUUUCGAAGUUGAGUCCGCGUACAAUCCUAAGUACAGCUGCGACGACCACAACGCUAUACCCUAUGUGGACCUCACCGCUUGGAAGAAACCCACCAUCUUUGAUUGAACGAAUGAUAUUUGACAAUCACUCAUUCUUUUGUUUGAGUGACAUAUUAGAAAUUUUACACAUGUUUUUCUUACUUUAAGUGCUUGUGUUAUAAUUAUAUCUAGAAAAUAGGAAUAAGAUGCUGCAUUUAUAAGUAGUAAAAUCACCAUGCUAUUCUGCUUCUAAUGCUUAUUCUGAGUCUAGGUGUAUUAUGUGUGUGACUUGUAUGCUUACGCCCCCUGGCGUCACAAGAAUUAAAUUCUUAAAUAUAGGAGUCGUUCAAAAAAAUAGAAUCAAAAGUAAUGUU